AUGAGUACCUAUCUUUAUGAGCUCCCAACUACCGGCGCCAUCUCCUUUGGAGACUUUUGUAUUGACACCACGGCGUCCAAUGCAUAUGCAAGUCACAUCGCUGAAGCUACCCAGGCCCGAGCGAACCUGCGCGGUGUUCUGAAAGUGUCCAAACGCACUGACACAGACGACAAGGAUUAUCUACGCUUGAUCAAGGUUCUCGAUGACUACCUCCCAUAUUUGCAUGGCAUCAUGACCUGUGUCAUAUCAGGGGACAUUCAACUGAAAUCCGAACCCCAAUUCAGCUGGCGCACGACACUAUCUGCGCAUCUAUUUCACAAGUCCCCAAGAAUCGCUCUUACAUCGCUGCACGCGGACCUUGCAUUCUCACUCCUCACUUAUGCCUUUGCGCUGUCGAAUUUUGCGCGUGUGACGGUUGCAAGUCUUGGUUCUUAUGAGCAUGAUCGAGCGAUUUCAGAAAUCGAGAGAAAAGCGAAGGAUGAGAAGCUCAAUUUUGCAGUAACAAUGCUAUGCAGAGCAAGCGGGAUCUUUACCUACGUGAGCGAGAAGGUGUUGUCGGAUUGGGACAAGGCUGGGGAGGGUGCGUCGGGUAGGCCUCCCGAUCUGAGGAAGGAGGUUAAUGCUGCCCUCGCAAAGAUGGCACUCGCUGACGCGCAAACUCUGGCAAUUCGCAAGUUUCUCUCCAAAUCUGCAUACGAUAACACCAUAUCUCCUGGACCUCCGCUUCCUAGAUCACACCCCUCCAUCCCGCUGAUCUAUAAAUUCCACCUUGAAUGCAUGUCUCUUUACUCCUCUGCGCGUACGCUUGCUAUGACGCCAGGCUCCUCGUCCUCUAAUCCAGAGUCCAAUGCAGAAGUCUGCGUCGAGUUGCGCCGCUACCUUGCUGAUGCCUCGGCAUUUCAUGCAGCGCUUGCACAUAAGUGGCUUGGCGUUGAUGCAGGAGAGAGUGGAAUGCAGGAAAAGGGCGGGGAGGCAGUGGCAUGGUUAAUGUGGGCAAAGAAGGAGCUUGAAGAUUUGAAGGAGGGCGGGCUUGGUAUCGCAGUAGGACGGGACCGCGAGAAGCGAGGACGCAAAGGACGUGCCGCGGAUGAGUUGGAGAGCGUGUGCGUAUUUCUGAAACACUAUAAGAAAAUCAAUGAUUCGUUGACAUUUCAGCCUGUGCCUAAGCAGCAGGAAUUGCAAGCGCGGAUACCUACAGGUGUUUUGGCUGUGCAUGCGAGGCUUUACACACUUCCUUCCCCAGCAUUCGGACCUGGUUCUGUCCAAUAUUCACGUCUGCAGACGGAAGCACUAGUUCUAGAAGAGGAUAAUUCGUCUGGCGAUGAGGGACUUGCUAGCAGUGCCAGUCCACGCACGUAUGCUGGAGCUGGUUCGUACUUCUAA